UGUGUACGUUUCUGUGUGGACAAGACGUGUGUGCGCGUCAGAAGGCGUGUGUGUAUCCUUGCAUGCGUGUGUGUGGGUGUGUGUGUGCGUGUGUGUGUGUGCGAGGCUUUCAUUAGUAACGUGAAAGUGAAGAACCGCGGGUACUGGUUCGCAUCCCAGGCGCAGUAGCAUGGUGACGGCGGCCGCAGCGUGGGCGCCGCAGGCAAGAUGACCCGGACGACACCCCCCAGCCCCUGGCCCGCCUCGCCCCCCGGCCGUGCCCCGCCCGCAGGCAUGUGCAGUGCGCAGGACGUGUGUGAGGUGGCAGCACGUGGUGGUGGCGCUGGUGGUGGCGUGCUGCGGGCGUGCGGCGGGCGGCGCGGGCGGCGAGGUGUGGUUCACGGCGCCCGUGUACAACGCCAGCGUGCCGGAGAACGCCCUGGGCAACACGGCGGUGGUGAGCGACGCCAUGAUGGGCGUGUUCCUGACGCACCCUUCGCUGCGCGUCAAGUACCGCAUCACGGGCGGCGACGAGCGCAACUUCUUCAAGGCGGGGCGCCGCGUGGUGGGCGACUUCUGCUUCCUGGAGCUGCGCGUGCGCCCCGACAACCACGACGUGCUGAACCGUGAGAGUCGCGACCAGUACCGCCUGCGUGUGAAGGCGCAGCACCGCCGCCACGACGGCACCAAGGAGGACCUGCCGGGCGCCGUCACGGAGGUGGUGGUCACCAUCACUGACCUCAACGACCUGUCGCCCUUCUUCAUGCAGGACAACUACAGCGUGCGCCUCAGCGAGGACACGCCCCUGCACGCCUCCGUGGGGCGCGUCAAGGCGGAGGACCCUGACGAGGGCCUCAACGGCCAGAUCUACUACAGCUUCCAGGAGCCCACCAGCGUGUUCGCCAUCCACCCCACCUCGGGCGUGGUCACGCUCACGCGCCCCCUCAGGUUCCUGGAGCAGGCGCGCUACGAGCUGACGGUGCAGGCGCAGGACCGCGGCAGGCAGCAGCACGGCCGCUGGCUGCGCCCCGCCAAGCUGUACGUCAACGUGACGGAGGAGAACGUGUACGACCCGCAGAUCCUGGUCACCAAGCUGCCGGAGUCCGUGCCACGAGCCCACCUGUCCGUGGUGGCCAUCAUCAACGUGGCGGACCAGGACCGCGGCCGCAGCGGCGAGGUCCGCUCCCUGGAGAUUGUGGAGGGCGACCCGGACCGCGUGUUCCGCGUGCUGGAGGGCUCCGCCGCCAACGAGUUCACGCUGGCGGCGCUGGACACCAUCGACUGGAGCGAGUCGCCCUUCGGCUUCAACCUUACACUGAAGGCCACGGACGGCGGCACGCGCGCCAGGUUCAGCUACAAGGUGGUGCGCGUGGCAGCGCCGCCUGCCCCCGAGGAGGAGGCCAUCUUCCCGCAGGCUGUGUACGAAGCGUCCAUCAGCGAGCUGGCGCCCGUGGGAUCGCGCGUGGUGCAGGUGGGCGCGUGGCUGCCGGGGGCGCAGCGCCGCGUGCAAUUCUCGCUGGCGGGCAACAAGGACGGACAGUUCCAGAUCGACAUGUACUCCGGCGUGAUCACCACCGCGGCGCCGCUAGACGCCGAGACGCUGGUGCUGUACACGCUCACCGUGGUGGCCGCCACGCCCGCCGCGCCUGCCAGCCUGCCGCCGCGCCACCAGGCCUCAGCCAAGGUCAAGAUCCACGUGGUGGACGCCAAUGACAAUACGCCCAUGAUCGUGGCGCCGCAGGGCGUGGUGCGCGUGGAGGAGCACAAGCCGGCGGGCGUGUGGGUGACCAAGGUGCGCGCGCAGGACUACGACUCCGGCGAGAACGGCUACGUGUCGUACAGCCUCGCCAACGCGGACGACGUGCCCUUCACGGUGGACCACUUCACGGGCGAGGUGCUCACCACGCGCACGCUGGACUACGAGACAGAGCGCCGCGUGUGGCGCCUGCUGGUGCGCGCCUCGGACUGGGGCGCGCCGUUCCGCCGCCAGAGCGAGAAGGUGAUCACAGUGCACGUGGAGGACGUCAACGACAACAGGCCGCAGUUCGAGCGCGUGGACUGCCGCGGCUACAUCGACCGCUCCACGCCGCUGGGCUCCGAGGUGUUCACGCUGUCCGCCGUGGACUUUGACCAGGGCAACAUCAUCAGCUACCGCAUCCUGGGCGGCAACGAGGACCGCUGCUUCUCGCUGGAUCCCACCUCGGGUGUGCUCACGCUCACCUGCGACCUGCACGACCUCAUGGUGUCCGAGCGCGUGUUGAACGUGACGGCUACGGACGGCCAGCACUUCGCCGACACCCUGACGCUGAGCCUGCAGCUGGUACAGCACCAGAACCCCGCCGUGGACGCCUGGGCCACGCUGUCCUGCAGGGAGGUGGACGUGGCGCAGCGCCUGGCGGAGCAGAUGGCGCGCGCCGCGGAGAACAACCGUCCCGACGACUCCCUCAGCCUGCGGUCGCCGCCGCCCGCCGUGCUCAACCUGCACGCGCCGCAGCUGCUGCAGAUGCCCCUGGAGGUGCGCGUGCGCGAGAACAGUGAGCCCGGCACGGUGGUGCUGCGCAUGGGCGCGGUGGACGAGGACGAGGGCUACGCGGGUCACCUGGUGCACGCCAUCUCGUGGGGCAACGAGGAUUCCGUGUUUGCUAUGGACAUGCACUCUGGUGCCCUCACUGUGGCGGGGCUACUGGACAGGGAGCGCGUGGCGCGCUACAACCUGAACCUGACGGUGCACGACCUGGGGUCCCCGCAGCGCUCCGCGUCGCGCCAGGUGGCCGUCACGCUGGUGGACGAGAACGACAACGCGCCCAAGUUCGACAAGCCCGCGUACAGCUUCUUCCUGCCCGAGAACGUGGCCAACGGCACCAGCGUGUACGAGCUGCGCGCGCACGACCCCGACGAGGGCCUGCACGGCGUGGUCACCUACAGCCUGGUGACCGACACGCGCGACUUCCGCCUGGACCCCGUGACGGGCCGCCUCAGCGUGGCCUGGCCGCUGGACCACGAGACCCACGACGUGUACGAGCUGCGCGUGGCGGCCACGGACGGCGGCGCGCGCUCCGCCCACGCCUACGUCACCAUCCAGGUGGCCAACAUCAACGACUGCCCGCCCGUGUUCCCCGAGCAGCGCGCCACGGCCGUGCGCGUGCCCGAGGACCUGCCGCUGGGCGCGCUGGUCACGCUGGUCACGGCGCACGACCCGGACUCGCCGCGCCUGCGCUACUCGCUGCUGGGGGGCCAUGAGGACAUGUUCUCGCUGGACGAGGACACGGCGGCGCUGCGGCUGGCGGCGCGCCUGGACUACGAGACGCGCCCCGCCUACAACAUCACCAUCCGCGCCACGGACUACGGCACGCCACCGCUCUCCGCCACCACCUACGUCAUCGUACAGGUGGUGGACGUGGACGAGAACGUGCACACGCCGGUCUUCAUGAAGGACGUGGAGGAGGCGCGGGUGCUGGAGUCCGCGCCGCCCCACACCCUGGUGGGAACCUUCAGCGCGGUGGACGGCGACUCCAACCCCGCGGACGCCUUCGUCACCUACUCCCUGGUGGGCCCCGAGGGGCGCGGCGUGUUCUACAUCGACCACACCGGCUCCAUCUUCACCUCCGCGUGGCUGGACCGGGAGAGUGUGUCUCGGUACUGGCUCAGCGUCCGCGCCCAAGACUCCGGCACGGUGCCCAAACACGCCACCCUGCACGUCUACGUAGAGAUAGUAGAUGUGAAUGACCAUGUACCACUGAGUUCGUGGCCCGUAUACUGGCCCAUAGUGGCGGAGAAUGCAGAGCCGGAUACGAUGGUAGUGACUGUCAACGCCUCAGACCCAGACCCCGGCGCCAACAUCUCCUACGCCAUCACGGCAGGCAACCCACAGUCCCUCUUCUCCAUUGAUGACAAAACGGGCGAGAUUCGAACCACCACAAGGCGUCUGGACAGAGAGAAACAGGCGGAACACAUGUUGGAGGUGACGGUAGCGGAUGGGGAGUGGGGACAGACUGCCACCUUGUCGUCCACCACAUAUAUUAUUGUCAAGGUGCAAGAUGAAAAUGACCACGCCCCUCAUUUCUUGGAGAGGCUGUACAAGUUCUUCGUCCCCGUGGUGGCGCAUAGAGAGAGUCAAGAUGCCCCAGUAGAGUACGUGGAGGACAUGCCAAUAGGACAGAAUGCCUCCUCCCUUGUCGAUGAGCACCUCCUCCCCUACAAGCCCCAGGAGGAGGAGGAGGAGGAGGCGCAGGAAGAGGAAGGCUCAGGUUGGGGCGCUGAGAAGCCUAGGAGAGUCAGGCUCCAAGAGGCUGAGAUGGAUGUGUUGGAAGAUCAGCGUUUUCUAGAACAAGAUCAGGAUUAUGUGCCUAUAUGUAGGGUGAUAGCGAUUGAUGAGGAUGAGGAAGACAACGGCAGUAUCACCUACAGCAUCGAGGACACCCGAUGGAGCAACCUCUUCCGCAUCAACCCUAAUACUGGAGUCAUCUCAGCCAAACCAGGACUAGACCCGAAGGAGGACUAUGAGUUCAAGGUGCAGGCAAUCGACGCAGGCCGGCCUCCCAAAUCGAGUGAGUGUCUUGUGGUGAUCAACCUGGUGGCGGUACAGCUGACGUCCCCCUCCGCACCCACCCUCAUCCCCCCCGAGGCUGCCGUCACUGUAUUAGAGAGCGAUCCUGUUGGUCAUCAUGUUACGCUGAUUGAGGCGAGCGAUGCAGACGACGACCAGCUCUGGUUUGACAUUAUUGAUGGCGAUGCAGAUAACAUGUUUACCAUAGGGCGGGACACAGGAAGUGUGAUGGUGGCAAGGACCCUGGAUGCCGAAAUGAGGUCCCUGUACAACCUGACUGUUUCUGUGACUGAUGGGGUGCACGCUGUCUCCACCCAGCUGGUGGUGCGAGUGUUGGAUGUGAACGACAACCGGCCAGCAUUCUCCCAGCCAACGUAUGAGGUGGAGGUGGGGGAAAACACCUCCCCAGGCACCACUAUCUUUACUCUCACUGCCUCGGACCCUGACUCGGACAAGUACCUCAGUUUCACGCUGGUCAACACGGCUCAUGUCUCCUCCGCCACUAAGUUCAGAGUCAGUCCUAUCAGCGGUGACAUUGUAUUGCUGCAGUCGCUUGAUAGGGAGGUACAAGAACAACACACCCUGACAGUGGGGGUGAAGGACCGUAUCACCCCCACCAAGAGUGUGUAUGCGCGUGUCAUCAUCACCGUGCGAGAUUACAACGACCAUGCACCACAGUUCCUUGCCAGCCUCUACAAUGGGACAGUGACAGAGACAGCAGCUAUUGGGACGUCUGUGGUGGAGGUGGUGGCAGUGGACAGAGACAAGGGCGCUAAUGGGCAUAUUAUGUACUCAAUUAUCUCAGGAAACAUUGGUGGGGUGUUCAGCCUGGACCCAGAGACUGGCCUGAUCUCCCUGGCCCGCCCCGUCAGCCGUCUGGAGAUGCCGGAAUACUGGCUGGCCGUGCGUGGGAGUGACAACGGCUCCCCUCCCAAGCACUCCCACGUAAAUGUUAAUAUUCACGUCAAGAUCGCCAACAGUGCACCUCCCAGGUUCCUCAAAAGGGUGACAGUGUUUGAGGUGAGCGAGGCUGCACAUGUCGGGGACUACCUGGGGGUGCUGGAGGCAGAGAGUCGGCUUGGCGUUGUCUUCUCCUUCAUCGGGGACUCGAGACGUAAUCCCUUCGUCAUCAACCCGGCCUCUGGGAUGGUGUCACUGGAACAUCCCGUCGACUUUGAGGAAACACAGUCCUAUAAUUUCACUGUCCUUGCGUCAUCUAUGAACAACCAGGAGGCAACCGCUCAGCUCAUCAUCAACAUCCGGGAUGAGAACGACAAUCCUCCCUUUUUCACCCAGAGUUUCUACAGUGGCCAUAUCUCAGAGGCCGCGGCAAUCAACUCUGUGGUGCUGAUGGAGGACAACCGGCCCCUCGUCAUCUCAGCGAGGGAUCGGGACUCGGACCAAAAUGCCAAUCUUGUGUUUACCAUUUUGGAGGAAGAGGCUCGGAUGUAUUUCACUAUUGAUUCUUCCACUGGCGCCAUCCGGACAGUGGCACCGCUGGACCACGAGGUCAUCUCCCAAGUCAGCUUUGGGGUCAGCGUGCAUGAUAACGGCCAGCCUAGACUCUCAGCACCCACCACUGCCACUGUUGUCAUCACCAUCACUGAUAUUAAUGAUGUCCCACCGCGCUUCCUUCUGCAGGAGUACAAUGCUACACUGCUGAAGCCGACACAGAGGGACGUGUCUGUGGUGCAGCUGAAUGCCACAGACCUGGACUUUGAUGGCAAGGUCAGUCUGGAGUAUGAGAUUGCCGACGGAAACCAGGACGGCAAGUUUAAGAUCAACCCACGAACUGGACUCCUGACGGUGAAUGACUCUAGGAACCUCGCUCGUCACUACCAGCUCAAGGUGACAGUGAGUGAUGGCCAGUUUGCCUCUAGUGUGCCAGUGAAUGUUGAGGUGGAGCCCAUCCCCCACACUGGCCUCAGGUUCAGCAAGGACAAGUACUUCGUCAAUGUGCAGGAGAACAACACUCGUAUGGACACGGUGGCGAUGGUGCAUGUGCUCGGCAGCUACCUCAAUGAACACCUCUACUUUAGGAUCCUCAACCCCACGGACAUGUUUAUCAUUGGAGACACAUCUGGCGUGAUUGAGACCACUGGGAAGCCUUUCGAUCGUGAGGCUCAAGACAACUACCUGCUCAUUGUGGAGGCCCGCAGCAUGGCCCACAGCGUCCCAGCAAGGGUGGCCCACGUGCAGGUCCAUGUUGUGGUGACGGACAAGAACGACAACGCUCCCAUCUUCGUCAAUACGCCUUACUAUGGGGUGAUCUCUGUUGACGCCAAGCAGGGGGAGGUGGUGUUCAGGGUUCACGCCACAGACUUCGACACAGAUAUGAACAAGGAUGUGCAUUACGAACUUCACAGAGGGAACGGGGAGAUCUUCAGCGUGGAUCGCUCAACAGGGGACAUCCGGCUCAAACAGACUCUAGAGGGCCACAAGAGCGAAUAUGAGCUCGUUAUCAGCGCUUAUGAUGGAGGCUCACCACCUUUGUCAUCUCAAGUCCCUGUCCGCCUCAAAGUUGUGGACCGAUCACAGCCAAUAUUUGACCGACAGUUCUACAGUGCAACAGUCGCCGAGGAUGCUGAGUCACACACCCCCAUUGUGACAGUCAGCGCCCACAGUCAGCUGAACCGGAAGUUGAUUUAUACGAUUGUCAGCGGCAAUGACCAUCAGACAUUUGCAAUGGAGCAUGAGGAGGGACUGAUCCGAGUGCAAGACAAGCUGGACUAUGAGACAAAGAACGCAUAUCAGCUGACAGCACGCGCCACAGACAGCUACUCAGGGAAGUGGGCAGAGGUGGUGGUGUCUAUACAAGUCAUCGACAUCAAUGACAACCCUCCAGUCUUCCUGCAGCACUUCUACAACAUCACAGUGUCUGAGGCUACAGCCAUUGCCACUCCUAUUCUGUCCGUCACCACUACAGAUGCUGACACAGGGCCCAAUGCAGGAGUGACGUACGGAUUGCUGGGACUGAAUGGGACUCAGCCUAAGCAUUUCUACAUGGAGCCAAGUAGUGGGGUGCUGAUUCUGAAGCAAGGGUUGGACAGGGAGAGCACACCAGUACAUCACUUCCUUGUCCAGGCUGUUGACAUGGGGACACCUCAGAUGUCGUCCACCGCUCAUGUUCUCGUCACAGUGCUGGACAUGAACGACAACCCGCCUGUGUUUGAGCAGCAGUCCCAGCGGUGUGUGGUGACAGAGAGUGCAGCACGUGGCCACUUCGUCACCCUCAUGUCAGCGGCAGACCAGGACAUCAGCGAUGCAGACAAGCUCACUUACUCUGUCGUGGAUGGCAACGACCUCCAAGUUUUUGCCAUCAACUCUGGCUCAGGCAUCGUGACCGUAUGGAACAGCCAGAAACUGAGAGAAACCAAUCAUCACGUUCUCAACAUCUCCGUAAGCGAUGGGGUCUUCACUGCAUACACCCGCCUCCUGGUCUCCAUCACUCCAAUCAAUGCUCAUUCCCCAACCUUCAAAGUGGCACAGUACAAUGCUCACUUAAGGGAAAAUGCAGGAAUCAAGACUACUAUCGCACAGGUCUCGGCGAGGGAUGUCGACUCAGGGCAGUACGGCGAUGUCACUUAUCAUUUCAUUGGGGACAAUGCACAUAAAUUCUUCAGGAUUAAUGAGAAUACAGGCGAGGUGUGGACAUCCGAGGAGUUUGACCGGGAGGAGGUGUCAGAGCUGUCCUUCACAGUGAUGGCCAUGGACAUUGGCGGCCGCACGGGCUUCACCACACUGCACAUCGCGGUGGAGGAUGAGAAUGACAACAAGCCAGUGUUCGUGCAGUCGGUGUACAAGGCAGUGGUGCGCGCCAACACCACCCAGGGAGCCACUGUGCUCAGGGUGGAGGCAGAGGACCCCGACGCAGGGAGUAAUGGCACGGUCACCUACCACUUCCACAUCUCCACACUGCCAGACACCAUGGAGGCCUUCAGUCUGGACACCACCACCGGGGACGUCGCCCUUAAGAAGAACAUAGAGGAACUAGGGAGUUCGCUUUUUGAGUUCUUCGUGGUGGGUCGUGACGGGGGACGGCCAAGCCUUCAUUCCCAUGUGCCAGUGCAGGUGCGCAUCGUGGAUGCUGACAUGAAGGUUCCUGAGUUUCUGUCCAAGAUUUACACCCUCACUGUACCCGAGGACACACAGCCAGGCACAAGAAUAGGAUCGGUGGGUGCACGUUUCGAUGGGGAACUUGAGUAUUCCAUUGAGUGGGGCGGACAUGAGUCUUCCCCACCUGUGUCAGUCUCCCCGCUGGGCUCUCUCACCCUCACCUCUUUGCUGGACCAUGAGAAGGACCGCCGCCUGUCCCUCAUCGUCACCGCCACACCCACAGACCGGCCUGAGCUUGCAUCUAGCACUAAUGUUGUCCUGGAAGUUCAGGAUGUCAAUGAUGAGUCUCCAGCCUUUGAGAGUGAGAAGUAUUACAUUGCUGUCGCUGAAAACACUCCCUCAGGCUCCAAUGUUGUCAAAGUCUGUGCUCACGAUGGGGACACAGGAAGCAACUCAGAGAUCCGUUACAUCCUGGAGGAGACAACGCCCUUAGUGGAGGAGCCCGUGUUCACCCUAGAUCCCUACUCUGGCUGGCUCUCCCUCAACCAAGAACUUGAUGCAGAGCAGAAGUCAAAAUAUGAGCUGACAGUCAUCGCCAAGGACAACGGUGUGCCCCAGAGGACCUCCACCGCCAGUGUCAUCAUCAAUGUCAUCGACUACAAUGACAACCCACCACAGUUUGCCAGCGACAACUACCACUCAUCAGUGAGAGAGGACGCCUUGCCAGGAACAGUGGUGGUACAGAUGGAUGUAUUGGACUAUGAUCUGGGUGGAGAAGGCAUAGACACUGACGUGGGGCAGGGCAUCACAUACUACCUGACUGCUGGAAAUGCCCUGCAGCACUUCCAUGUGAGGGGAGGAGGCCAGAUCUACGUAGCCAAGGCAUUGGACAGGGAGACUGUGAAGAACUACGCAUUGGAGGUGACAGCUACAGAUGGGGUGUUUAUCGCCAAGGCCUGGGUGUUUAUUGAGGUUUUGGAUGUGAACGACAAUGGGCCUCUGUGCACCACACCACAGUACCACUACUCCAUCAGCGAGGCCGCAUCCCCAGGCACGCACCUCCUGCAGGUCACAGCCUCUGACCCGGACCUCACCUCCAAGCCACAGUUCUACCUCACAGGGGAAGGGGCAGGAAUGUUCGCUAUGGACCUGAACACUGGACAGCUUAGCACAGCGAAACCUUUAGACCGAGAGGAGUUUCCGAAGUACACAUUGACGGCUACAGUGAAGGAUGGGGAUCGGAUGGACUGGGAGUGUACGUGUGAGGUAAAAAUUGAAGUGACAGACGUGAAUGACAACGCGCCGGUCUUCAGCUUGUCGACGUACAGUGUCAAUGUGCCGGAGAACUCCCCUGAGAACCUUUUACUCCUGAAGGUGCAUGCCUCAGACCCUGACCAAGCAGGAGUGAACAGGAAGGUGACAUACGACCUGGAGGGCCAUGAUAUCUUUGUGUUGGACCCCCAGACAGGCAUCCUCAGCGUGACGGAGACUCUGGACCGGGAGACACGGGCCAUGUACAACCUCACUGUCACUGCCAAGGACCACGGCACUCCUCCUCUCUCCUCCCGAACCAACAUUCUUGUGCUGGUGUCUGAUGAGAACGACAACCCGCCAGAGUUUGCCAGCCUGACUUACUACACCACAGUGACUGAGAACGCCAACCUGGGAACUGACAUUGUGAGGGUGUUGGCCACGUCACGGGACUCAGGGAAGAAUGCUGAAAUAACCUACUCGAUAAUUGGAGGGAACGAACACAGGAAGUUUGACAUCCAUCCGAAAACUGGCGUUGUGUCAAUCCGAGAGUCACUGGACUUUGAGAGGGCAUACUCCUACCAGCUGACAGUGCAGGCCACGGAUGGGGGGGAGCCGCCCCUCUCCAAUCAUGCCACCGUCAAUGUCACCGUCACCGACAUCAACGACAACCAUCCUGUCUUCCUCCAGAACUCCUACUCCGUCAUUGUCAACGAGGCUGCCAUCAUGGGCCAGGAGCUCAUUCAGGUGGUGGCAAGCGACAUGGACAGCCAAGCCAACGGUAGAAUAUCCUACGAGAUUGCGAGUGGAGACCCAGAGAGACAGUUUACAGUCAACAGGGUCUCUGGCUGGAUCUCCGUGGCUGCACCGCUUGACAGGGAGUCUGUGUCCUCCUACAACUUGGAGAUCGUUGCGCUGGACCACGGGAUACCUCAGCGCUCAGGGUCUGUGUCUGUGUAUGUGGAAGUGAGUGAUGCAAACGACAAUCCACCCUUGUUUGUGGAGACGAAUCACACGGCCUAUGUGCAGGAGGACAAGCCAGAGGGGUACCUGAUCUUCAAAUUUGAGGUGAAGGACGACGACGACGACGCAGCAAUGAAUGGCAGCCCCUUCACAUUUGAGAUUCACUCUGGCAACAACAAUAAUGCCUUCAGAAUAACACAGGAGGGUGAACUGUGUACUGCCACCAAGUUCAACCACAAGAUACAAGAACAUUAUCGCCUGCAGAUCAGAGUGUAUGACAAUGGCAGGCCUCCCCUCUUCUCUGAAACUUGGAUUGAUGUAAAGAUCAUUGAGGAGUCAAGGUACCGGCCAGUGGUAUUCCCCCUGGAUGUGACAGUCUUCGUGCACACCUGGGAGUAUGAGGGCGGGCUGCUGGGCAAGGUGAAGGCGGCUGACGAGGACCCGUACGACGUCCUCACCUACUCUAUUGCCAGCGACCCUCUUGGCAUGAGUGAGAUGUACUUCAAUGUGAACCCCCGCGAUGGCACCCUGUCAGCUCUGGGGGGCCUGGAUGAGGGUGCCUACACAGUGAACAUCUCAGUGACGGAUGGCAAGUUCACGACAUUCAGCAAGGCAGAUGUGGAUGUGGUGAACGUGACAGAGGAGAUGGUGAGGAGCUCUGUCAUCAUCCAGCUGGGAGGCGCCAGCCCGGAGGAGUUCCUGUUGUCCUAUCGCCGGAGUUUUCACCGAGCGAUAAAGAAUCUGCUGAAUGCGAAGUCCCGUGAUGUCAUAAUCCUCAGCUUGCAGGACAGCCCCAGCAGGAUGCGGCGCGACAGCAGGGACAGCAGGAAGAAGGCGUACCAGAAGCCCUACAGACAGGCAGCCGACCUAGAUGUCCUGUUUGUCGUGCGUAAAUCUGAGGACGACUUCUACUCCAGGAACCUUGUGCGUAAGAAGAUAUUCUCCGGACGGCAGACGCUGGAGUCAGUACUGGGCCUGCAGGUGAUGGGGGUGGUGGAGGAUGAGUGCACGGCCGACACCUGCGAGAAUGGCCGCUGUGAGGAACACGUGGUGCUGGAUGACGAGCAGGUGAACAUCGUGACGGACACUCUGAGCUUUGUGUCCCUGCACCACCACCACGAGGCCAAGUGUGUGUGCUCCACGGGCUUCACCGGGGCACGUUGCAACGUGGUGGACAACCAGUGUGCCCACAAGCCCUGCCCAGCCUUCAAGACCUGUGUGCCAGAUGUAUCACGACUGGGCUUCAUGUGUUUGUGUCCUGAAGGUCUUGUUGGGUCUGAGUGCCAGCAGAACAAGUCUAGCUGCAUCUUGGACAGUAUGCGGCCUGAGUGCUACAGUCCCGUGUCUCCAAUGUCCUUUAAGGGGAAGAGUUACGCCCAGUACUCGCUUCACAAUCCAAUCAACCGCCACUUUUCCUUCUCCCUCUGGUUCAGGACGCUGCAUCCAUCCGGCAACUUGAUGUUCACCGCCGGGAGAAUUGACUACAGCAUCCUGGAGCUGAAGAAUGGCCAACUGCACUACCGGUGGGACCUGGGCAGUGGCGAGGGGCGCGUGGUGGUGAAGACGCUGCAGGUGGAUGAUGGGCGCUGGCAUCACGUUAAGCUGGAGCGCUAUGGCAGCACGGCCGACCUGGUGCUGGAUGGCCACCACCGCGUGCAGGGCUCCUCACCGGGCUCCUCAGACCUCCUCAACCUGGAGAAGCCACACCUGUACAUUGGAGCAGAGGUGCGGCCCUGGACUGGGGCACAGGACCCAAGGCAGGGGCUGGUGGGGUGCGUGGACAACCCCAAAGUGGAUGACAUUCCUUUGCCGCUCACCCACACAGCAUCAUCCAAAGCAGCAGCACUCACACACCUCACCCACAUCGUGCCUCUGUGCCAGGAGACGCUGCAGCCGCCUGGUGUGUGUGGCUCGCUGCCUUGUCUAAAUGGCGGCACAUGUGAGGAACGCGGCUCCUCCUUCAUCUGCCAGUGCCACCAUCGCUUCAGAGGCUCUCGCUGCGAGACAGACUCCAACCCCUGCGCCUCCUCCCCAUGCCUUAACAACGGGUACUGCAUCAACAUUGGCAGCACAUACAUGUGUGAGUGUCCGCCACAUGUCUCUGGGUCGCGCUGCCAAUUCAUGUACUGCAACCCUAACCCGUGUCUGAACCGCGGUGUGUGUGAGGAGGGAAUCUCUGGCCCCAUCUGCAAGUGCAAGGGAUUCACAGGGCCAAACUGCACAGUAGACAUCAACGAGUGUGCCACCAAUCCCUGCCGCAAUGGGGGCACCUGCAUCAACUCCUAUGGUACCUUCAGGUGCAUGUGUCUCUCCAAUACCACCGGGAUGUACUGCCAGGAGAUUAAGGGAUCCUUCUUCAAUAUCGGUUUGGAGGAGAUCAUCUACAUAGUGAUAGGAAUAGUGGCCGUCAUCAUCCUGGGCCUCAUCAUUGUGUUGGCCAUGCACUGCCGGGAGCGCCGAGCCUCGCGUCGCCGCCAGCUGAUAGAGCAGACCAAUCAUGUCAUUCUCAAGCCAAAGAACACCGACAACCACCACAACAUUUACAAGCGAAACUCCAAAAUGAGUAACCUGGAAGCCUCUCAGAAUCCGCACGGUUGCACGCCUCGACCCGACUCCUACCCCACUAGUCCUAGCGAACCCGCCUACAUGCCGCUAAACAACUUUGACACCAUCCGUAGCUACGGCUCCGCCGGGGACGAGCUAGAGAACCUCCCCCAAUACUCCCGGGACUUUGUACAAAACAUAUCCAAGCCGGGCAGCCUGUAUCACCACCACACCCCCCAGAUUAACCCCCUGGGAACCCUCCGGGGCUCCACCCUGGGCUCCACCGUGAGCUCCACGCGGGGCUCCGCCUUGUGCUCCCCUGGCACUGCCACACCAGUAGACACUGACAGCUUGCAUAAGCCGUGGAAGGAUGCCCUUGCUCAUAACUUGAAGGACACCUACUAUGAAAAUAACAAGAUUCAGAAUGAUGUAAAGUUCCGUCACAAUGAGUACAUGGGCCUGAAGAAGCUAAGUAUUGACAGCAGUGCACGGGACGACUCUAGUGUGCGAUCAGGAACCUCAAUGGAUGAUUUGCCAGCAGGCUACCACUGGGAUUGUUCCGACUGGGCCAGACCCUCUCAGAAUCCAUUGCCUAACAUCAUGGAGGUCCCUGGAGGCGAAGUGAGGGACUCCUCCUCCUACCACUCCAACGAGUCCAACGAGUCUGUGGUGGUGGAGGCUUCCAAGGGCCAGCCACUCCUGCCGCCUGUGGAGGGACCCGUGGACCCCGGCAGGGACAUGGAGACCCUGCCAGCGGACGAACUCAUCAGUGAGUGCGACACGGAGUUUGAGUUGGAGUCUCGGCCGGACCUGGACACCUCGCAGCUCCUGGAACCACACUCUGACGCCGGGGCUGAGUCCGACGCCUCCCUCUUUACCCCUCAGCCUCACAGAUACGAGACUCACCCCAACCAAUACCUUCCACACUACCAAAUUGGCAGUGAAACAGAAACAGAAGAUGAGAGAAGCAAGCUCCUUAAUUCCCUUGAUAACCCUUACAGCGCCACUUACCAGCCCGCCCCCAUCAGCCACCUCCCCGAGGACCGCCACGGCGUCACGUACUCCCCGUACCGCGUCCGUAGCAACCGCCGCCACGACACGGUCAAGCGUUUCAGUGAGUUUGGGGGAGACAUGUCGGUCAUCUCUGGCGUGGAUGAUGAGGAGGAGGGGGCGUCCCUGUGGGGGGGCGCUGCCUCCACCACCUCCGCCUCAGACCUGGACAAUGUCUGUGAUAUCGAGGACUCGGAAGUGAACUCGGAGUUCGAAAACGAUGAGAAAGUAAAAAAAAUGUAAAGUUGAAAGACAGACUCACAAUAAUCUCGCACAAAAGAUACGUCGGAACAAAGCAGAAGAAUAAAUUUAAGUUACCAAAGUCAUUGGUUGUGUGUUUGUACGUAUGUGUGUGUGACCAAAUUUUUGUCAAGCGAUUCGAUUUUCCCCCUGAAUUGAGAACCAGAGGGAAAAGCUUUGAUGCGCGAUGGGCCGCAGCAGACCAACCGAUUGAUGGAGAGAGAGAGACAGAGACAGAGAGAGGAGUGUAGAGGAGGCGUGUGUGUGUGUGUACGUACAUGUAUCAGAACUGCCAUUCCUAGUGCCUGUAUGCCAAGUGAGUAAGUGUAAACGUUUCAUAUUCUUCAUACAUCUUCCAGUGUGCCUCACCCAAGGGCGCCCGCAAUUCACCCACAGACAAGUUGCAUUAUUUUCACCCAACAAGAAUGGAGAAAGAAAAAAAAUGAAUUGCAGGCACCUUGGGCUUUUAAGUGCCAAUUUUUCUUCAUUUUAGUGAGUGGCAGAGAAAGAGAGAAAGACAACAAGUACUUUAAUGCAUUGAAUCGCCAGUACAGUGCAGGAGACAAAGAUUACAGCAGUAGAUCAAAACUUGGGAGUCUCUUAAAGGUCUCUGGUGCUACAAGACUAGACUCUGGCUGGGAAACACCACAAGUUUGCCAUUACAGAGUCACGAUUGCAUGUAUGUGUGUGUGUGUGUGUGUGUCUGAGUGUACAUGAGUGUAUAUAGCAGUGUAUAUAGUUUCUUAAGUGUGUUUGGCAGAAUGUUUAUAUUUUUCCAGUGUGAACAGAUAAUAUGGACGAGACAGACAGGGUUAGACUAUUCAGGUGUGGUUUGCUGCUCAGGUAACUUGGUGGGGCUGCAUUCUGAGUCUUGCCUGCUUGUCUCUCUCUCUCUCUCUCUCUCUCUCUCUCUCUCUCUCUCUCUCUCUCUCUCUCUCUCUCUCUCU